AUGUCUGCGACGCCUACAACCGUCGACUCUCCGACGGACGCCAAAGUCGCGCCUACACCUACUGGGCGUGCUCACUCCAACAAACUCUCUGGCCGCAACCUCGUUUGGACUAUCAACUUCGUUGCAGGUCUCGCUAUCUUCUUCUUCGGCUAUGACCAGGGUAUGAUGGGUGGUGUCAACACCUCGCCCCACUAUGUCACGACUAUGGAUCUCGGCUACAUUACGUAUGAUAAUGACUUGGGAUAUGUCGCCACCGUCACGAACUCGGCAAAACAGGGUGGCAUCGUUGCAAUCUACUAUCUCGGAUGCCUUAUCGGUGCGCUACCCGCAGGUAUUCUAGGUGACAGGCUGGGCCGCAUCAAGACUAUGGUUAUUGGUGGCUGCUGGGUCUGCUUCGGCGCGGCUCUUCAGGCUUCGGCACAGAAUACCGCCUGGAUGCUUUGCGCUCGAAUCAUCAACGGCGUUGGUACUGGCUUUUUGAAUGUCAUUGUCCCAGUAUGGAGUGCGGAGGUCGCUUCUCAUACUUCCCGCGGCGCGUUCAUCGCGCUCGAAUUCACUCUCAAUAUCUUUGGUGUCGUCGUAGCCUACUGGCUUGAGUUUGGUCUCUCCUUCAUCGGCGACGGUAACACGCAGGUCCGCUGGAGGCUGCCCAUCGCGUUCCAGAUUGUCCCGCUCUUGAUGUUCGUCGCUUGCCUGCCUUGGAUGCCCGAGUCGCCGCGCUGGCUUCUCAAAGCUGGUCGCAACGAGGAGGCCCGCGAGAUUCUCGGCCGUCUGCGCUCCAAUGGUGACCCCGAAGGCGAGGCCGCCACCGCGGAGUACGAGGAUAUCGUCGGGAUUGUUGAGCUCGAGAAGGCUCACUCGGACCGCAACUCGUACUGGAACAUGUUCUGGGGCAAGAAGGGCGAGACUCUCAACGUUCCUCGCCGCAUCCAGCUCUCCGUCUGGCUUCAGAUUGUGCAGGAAUGGGUCGGUAUCGCUGCCAUCACGGUUUACGCUCCCACGAUCUUCGCCCAGGCUGGCUACGAUUCGCGCAAGUCUCAAUGGUUGUCUGGUCUUAACGACGUUACCUACAUGCUUGCUACGCUACUCGCCGUUGUCACCAUCGAUCGCUGGGGCCGCCGCGUCGGCUUGUGGUGGGGCGCUGUCGGGCAAGGCAUCUCCAUGUUCCUCGCAGGUGGUUUCGGUCGCCUUCUCAAGGAUAACCCCGACAAGGCCUCCGAGUACGGUGCUGCAUGCGCGCUCUUCAUUUUCAUCUACACCUUCAUUUUCGGCGCCACCUGGCUCACGAUCCCAUGGGUUUACCCUACGGAGACCUUCCCUCUGGAAGUGCGUGCGAAGGGCAUGGCGUGGGGUGUUGUGGGCUGGAGUAUUGGUAACGGCUGGCUUAUGAUGCUGAACCCCGUCAUGUUCUCCGCCAUCGCUGAAAACACACUCUAUAUCUUCGGCGCGGUCAACUUCCUAGCCAUCCCUCUGGUAUGGGCACUUUACCCAGAGACCGCUAACAGGACGCUUGAGGAGAUGGACUUGCUGUUUGCGACACCCUCUCCUUUCGUCUGGGACAUGGAGCGCAACUUCGCGCGUCUCAAGGCCGAGCAUGCAGAGCUCAAUCACGUCACCGGCGUCAUUGAGAGGCACCCUGAGUACGCCUCCGACGUCAAGGAGGCCGGUGAGGAUGCGCAUAAUGAGAAGGCUUGA